AUGGAGGAGUGUCGGGUGAUGCGGAUGCACGAAUGUCAACAGUGCGGUAAACGUUUCAAGGCUCGUGGCGGCUUACAGCAACAUCUGAGAAUCCACUCGAACGAUCGACCCUAUCAAUGUCACUACUGUCCCAAACGUUUCACGCAAAAGUCACACGUCGAUCAACACGAACGCAUCCAUACGGGUGCCAAACCGUUCUCGUGUCAGUUCUGCGGCAGAUCGUUUCGUCAACGCUCCCAACAGAUGGGUCAUGAAGCAACGCAUGCUAACGGUGUUCUCUCAAUAGCCGCUACAAUAGCGAAUCAACAACAGCAACAAUUGACACACCUCAGCAAUCAAUCACCUAUCAAUACCAAUAGUGAACACCAUUCGCCACGAACCCCGGACGGUUCCUCACCAGUCAGUCAGCAGCAACGAGUCCAGCAACAGCAACAACAGCAACAACAUCAAUCACAAACCUCACAGCAGCAACAAAACUUAUCCACACAGCCGUCAUCCACUUCCAACAAUCCGAAUGUGACGGAUAGUAACGAUCUGUUGGGAUCACCGAAUGGCGUUGGUCUGAUGUCGCAAAGUGCGGUCACCUCGUUACUAGCACUAAGUCAAGGCGCUAAUUCGGCGGCUGUCGCGCAAGCCUCGAUGAACUCCCUUCAGAUGCCACCGGGUAUGCAACCGCAAACUUUGGCCAGUGUUCUGGCCGCAAGAAGUUGCGGUGUCUAA